CGAAUUUAGAUAGUCUUGAUAUUAUAUACUAAACAUAUACAUUCAAGGGUGUUAGACAAAGAAUUAUGUCCGCGCCACGCAUACGAUUUAAAACCCUUAAAGGCUUCCCACCAGCAGUUGUGGAGAAAAUUGAGACAGAGGCAUUUCUUGAAGCUGCUACGGAAAUCGUUACUAUUAUUGAGACAUUUGGCAAACUAUUUACACCUGUGGUAAAUGAUAUGAAUGGCAAUAUUACGAAGCUAACAAAGGUCUACAACAAAGACAAAGCAUUGUAUGCUUACCUUGAGGACUUGAUAAUAUUAAAUGUGAAUGUAGAUAAUUUUGCGGCGAAUGCGCUAUUAUGGCUAAAGCGUGGCCUACAAUUGAUUUGUACAUUUUUCGAAAAUAUCUUCAAUGACACACAGGCAACAGAGGCAUUGAAGCUGCAUCUGCAGAAUGCAUAUGAGCGUACACUGAAGCCAUAUCAUGGUUUCUUAGUACAGGGCACAAUAAAAAUAAUCUACAAUUGGGUGCCAACACGUUCACAACUGAUUGGGCAGGGUGAGGCGCACGAUGAGAAUCUGCAAGUGUUGGAAAACUAUUUGCCAGUGAUGCGUAGUCACUUGAAUCGGAUUGACGCGCUGCUAAAAAAACACAAUUUGGAUGAUGCAAAGGUGUGAGGGGGCGGAAAUUUGCUGACAACCCGCAUAAUACUUGUUGUUGUUGUUGUUGUAGCAGCA